AUGACCAGAAAAGAUAUUAAGAUCGCAACAUUGAACGUUGAAGACCUCAAUGAUGAACAAGUAUGUCAGGAAACCUUACAAUUACUCAAGCGGCUUAAAUUAGAUGCAAAAUUAGAUGUAAUUAAUUUACAGGGAUUAAGUUUAUCACAGCAGCAGAGAAAUAAUGCUAAAGAGUUCCUAUGGGAUUAUGCUUCAUUUUGGUCAUCAACAACAGCGAUUUUAGCUGGAAAUGAUGAUGUCAAAUUUGAAAAUAUAGAAGAAAUUGAAUACGGAAUUACUACUAGUGUAGAAUACUAUGACAGGACGUAUCAAAUAACAAAUAUAUACGUCCCUCUUGACGCUGAUGAAUUAACUUUUUUGGAGUGGAUCCCAGAUGGAAUAUACAUAAAAGAAAAUACUGUAAAUGUAAUAGUCGGCGAGUUUAAUAUAAAUUUAAGCACAUUAUAUAGUGAAAGAUUCUCAGGUUUUACAGACAUUGUAGAUAUAUUGGGUGAAUCGUUUAUUCAGGAUAUUCCGGAUAUUCAGGGCGUGCCGAGAAAUUGUAUCUUUAUAGAUAAUAAUUUUACUCUCUUUUGCUAUAAUGUGGAGGUAUUUACCUCCCACAAACAUAAAAAACCGUUGGUGGUAUGCACUCUCGAUCGAUUCAUCUGGAGACUAAAUAAAGAAUUGCUUGAAGACUCUAAAACUCAGAGAAUGAUCACAGAUAAAAUAGAUAGUGUGAACACAGUUUUAGAAUGGGAUAUUCUUAAAAAGCAUUUUCAAUAUAUAUUUCGGAAACAAAAACCAAGAAAAUUAACUUACGAUUUAAACUCUUUAGAUAACAAGAAGGAUCUUUAUUAUUUAGAUCAAGAACUACGGGAAGAUUUAAUUAAAGCAGG